GGUAGGGAGAGGGAGGAGAAGAGAGGGAAAGAUAGCCCAGCCUCAAGCUCUUCAGUCAACUUGGGGCGGGGGAAUACAUUUUUCCGUAGCUUGUAAAAAGACUUUUCAGCCAGUUUGAGGUUAGCUGCCAGGGGCAGACAGUUGUAAUAAUGCCGACAGAAUUGAGGCUUGUAAGCCGGGCUUCACACUUCUAAAAUGCAGUUAUGGAUUCUUUCAUCGGUGUUAGAUCAAGGCACCAAGUUAAGAAAACAAAAGUCAAAACAACAAUAAAAGAAAAAAUCAAAAGCGUAUUUAAUUACCCAGUCCCGCUGCCCCUGCGCGGGUUAAGCUCUCUUUUCUUUCUGCAGAAUUCCAUUUGCAUCCCCUUUGCCUGGGUGUCUCCCUCUCUCAGUGUGUGUGUCUCUCUGUCUGUUUUCACACUCUCCUCCCCAUUCGAGCGAGGCCCACACCUGGCGCAUCACUGCCGAGCCAUUAGCUGCGGGUUUCCUUUCAUCUUCGCUGUGGCAGACGUUUCUAUUUAUCCACUUGCGCUCGCCGAGUGGCGUCACCAGCGGUACUGUAAUGACGAUUGCAGCAGGAGGAUGACAGCUUAGAAAGAAGAGGGCAAUGGGGCUUCCUCCCAGAGGCGGUGCGGCACAGAGGAGCGCUCGCUUCACAAGGUGACCCUAGCUCCGCACCGCCACCGCCGCGGUCGCGGUCCAGACCGCGCUCCAGCAGCUCCGCUCCCUCCCAGGCAGCCGGCCUCUCUUUCUCCCUCUUGCAACCGAGAUCCGUCCGGCCGCUGGAGACCCAGGGAGCCGGGGUUAGGAACUCACUUGGGGCUUUCCCCUCCCCCACCGGAGAGCCCCGGGAUGGAGAGCCGAAAGGACAUGGUUGUGUUUCUGGAUGGGGGUCAGCUUGGCACUCUGGUUGGCAAGAGAGUCUCAAAUUUGUCCGAAGCCGUGGGCAGCCCGCUGCCGGAGCCGCCCGAGAAGAUGGUGCCCCGUGGUUGCCUGAGCCCUCGGGCCGUCCCUCCGGCCACCCGGGAGCGCGGCGGGGGAGGCCCGGAGGAGGAGCUGGUAGAUGGACUCGCAGGCAGCGCGGCGGGGCCGGGCGCCGAGCCCCGGGUAGCCGGGGCGGCCAUGCUCGGCCCGGGACCCCCGGCCCCCUUAGUCGACAGCCUCUCCGGCCAGGUGCAACCCAGUAGCUCGGACACCGAGUCGGAUUUCUAUGAAGAAAUCGAGGUGAGCUGCACCCCGGACUGCGCCACCGGGAACGCCGAGUACCAGCACAGCAAAGGGUCCGGCUCCGAGGCGCUGGUCGGCAGUCCGAACGGAGGGAGCGAGACCCCCAAGAGCAACGGCGGCGGUGGUGGGGGCGGCUCGCAAGGCACCCUGGCGUGCAGCGCCAGUGACCAGAUGCGUCGUUACCGCACCGCCUUCACCCGAGAGCAGAUUGCGCGGCUGGAGAAGGAAUUCUACCGGGAGAACUACGUAUCCAGGCCACGGAGAUGUGAGCUGGCGGCCGCCCUAAACCUCCCGGAAACCACCAUCAAGGUGUGGUUCCAGAACCGGCGCAUGAAGGACAAGCGGCAGCGCCUGGCCAUGACGUGGCCGCACCCGGCGGACCCCGCCUUCUACACUUACAUGAUGAGCCAUGCGGCGGCAGCGGGCGGCCUGCCCUACCCCUUCCCAUCGCACCUGCCCCUGCCCUACUACUCGCCGGUGGGCCUGGGCGCCGCCUCUGCCGCCGCCUCGCCCUUCAGCGGCCCUCUGCGCCCGCUCGACACGUUCCGCGUACUGUCGCAGCCCUACCCGCGGCCCGAACUGCUGUGCGCCUUCCGCCACCCGCCGCUCUACCCCGGGCCCGCGCACGGACUGGGCGCCUCUGCCGGCGGCCCCUGCUCCUGCCUCGCCUGUCACAGCGGCCCGGCCAACGGGCUGGCGCCCCGGGCUGCCGCCGCCUCGGACUUCACCUGUGCCUCCACCUCCCGCUCGGACUCCUUCCUCACCUUCGCGCCCUCGGUGCUCAGCAAGGCCUCCUCCGUCGCGCUGGACCAAAGGGAGGAGGUGCCUCUCACUAGAUAAGGGGCCGCCGGCCAGCUGCCGGCUCCAUGACGCCCUUGGGGUCACCCCCUGGCCCCGGGACUCAGCCAGCCUCGCUACUCUCCCCUAGGACGCCAAGGGGGAAAGGAGAGGGCGGAAAAGGACCAGCGGCAUCCGGCCGCAAGAACUGGAAAGCCUAGGAAGUGGCGGUGGCUGGCGCGUUUGGGGAGCAGGAGUGGGGAUAGGGAAGCAGAGGUUGAGAGACCUUCCUCCGGGACGGCCUCCGGACCCACCGCCCCACACCAGGGUCGAGGCUGUAGCUCCAAAGUUAAACAAAACUUAGCAGAAACAGCAACCAAUAUCCAGCCCCUCGGCCCCUCACCCUCCACCUCACACUCCCUUCUCACCGGGCCCCCUCUCCCCAGCCAAGGCCCAAGCACUGGAAAGGGAAAUUGCUGUCUCUCUGAACAAAAUGCUGUGUAUGCAGAGCAGGUAGAGAUUAAUCUUUGCCAGCUUUUCCAAGGCAUGACAAGGGGCUGGUGGAUGGCAACAUACUAGUUGCCAACAUACUAGCUGGAGGAGAGACUGAGAGAUGGUUUACUACCAGGGAGAAUCCGGCCCCUUGGCAUGGAACCUGGAGCCUCGACUACACAGCAUCUUCUGGGUCUGGCGUCUGCCAGCACCUGAUCUCUUUCCUCAUUCCCAGCUUUGUGACACCUCUCAACUUGCGGCUCCAUCUCUCCCUGCCCCCACUUUUUUGUUGGCCUGGGAGGCUGCAGAUGCCCCAGGAGCCCUUUGCCGCUUCUAUGAGGCCAAGCCUUUUUUCCCUGGGCCCAGCACACACCCUGAUUAGCAAGUGAUGUGUGCGAGGAGGGUUUGUGAAUGUUGAAUGUGUAAUAAUGAUCACCAUGGAGCUGGCCACUGACCCCAGAGCUGAGCUGUUAACAAGGCGCCCGGGGAAGAGCUUAGGGAGUGGGAACUUCACCUCCCUCUCAGUAUCUGGCGGUAAAUUACAGGCAGUUUUCAUCCUUUGCUUGUUCACCUUCUCUUCACCAGGAACUUUCUGGCCCUACCCUUUGCAUUGGGCAUUUUACAACUUUCUCUCAUUUUCUUCCCAAGCUACCACUGGAGCUUGACUUUCAGAUACCAGUGGGAGCCUUCUGUCCCUUUUGGGGACCCUGUCUUUGACCUCUACCAGGGUUUGUUUAGAGCCACUCCCAAAUCCUCACUCCCACACUCACCCUUGCAGCCAGUUUUUGAGGAAGAGGAGAACGUGUACCCCCAAUGCAAGCUUCACCCUGACUGAGAGGGAGUGGUUCUUCCUGUAGGGAAUGAAUUUGGUUUGGUUUGGGGUUUUCCUUUGAAGCCCAAAGAACUUGCUGUUAUGAUUUGUUAACCAUAUUGCAAUAAAAGCUGGACGUAAUUCUCACUUUA